CCUCGUGCCUGAACGUUUUGUCUGUCAGAGCCCCAAGACCAAAUUAUUUGUAGCUCAGAGUUCUAGAGGCAGAGACAGAGACAGUGAGAGGAAGUGGGAUUUGUUAUUCUUCUGGAUAUAGGGGGAAAGAGAGUGAGAGAGACUGCUACCGAGGUUAUUUUUUUAUCUGGUGGCUUAUUUUUAGUGCAAAAUGUUGGUGUUGUUUUUUCCAUUAGAAGAGGAAGAAGAUUAUAGCAGAAGAAGACAAUACAAAUGUAUACAAAAACAAACAGUUUUAGAAGAAGAAGAAGAAAGAAUUUACAAACAUUCCAAAAAUAAUAGUAUGGUUUAUUCUAGUUCCAGUUGUAGCAAUUGCAAUAUUCAUCAUAAAACUAGCCCAAUCAUUUCCAUAUUUGUUAGUUUUCUUCUUGCUUUUUCCUCAACAAUUCCCAUUGUUUUAGCAGAAACCCAUGAUCAUAAAAAUAAUCAAACAUUUAGACCACUUGAAGAAUUACAAAAACUUAAGGCUAUCAAUGCUCAUCUCAGGAAGAUCAAUAAACGUCCUAUUAAGACAAUUCAGAGUCCUGAUGGUGAUUUGAUUGAUUGUAUUGUCACUCAUGAACAACCAGCUUUUGAUCAUCCUAAUCUAAUAGGACAGAAACCUCUGGAUGCACCAGAGAGGCCACACGGACAUAAUCCAAAGGGAAGAGUAUCAGAAAGUUUCCAAUUAUGGACAUUUAAUGGAGAAACAUGUCCUGAAGGAACAAUUCCGAUUAGAAGAACUAAAGAAGAAGAUAUUCUAAGAGCUACUUCUGUGAAUAGAUUCGGAAAGAAGAUUAGUAAUCAUUUUAGACGUGAUUCUUCUAGCAGUGAUCAUGAGCAUGCAGUUGGAUAUGUAAUGGGUGAAGAAUAUUAUGGAGCAAAAGCUAGUUUAAAUGUAUGGGCACCAAAGGUGACUAAUCAAUAUGAAUUCAGUUUGUCUCAAAUGUGGGUGAUUUCUGGUUCAUUCGGUGAAGAUCUUAACACCAUUGAAGCUGGUUGGCAGGUGAGCCCUGAGAUAUAUGGAGACAACUAUCCUAGGUUCUUCACUUACUGGACUACGGAUGCAUACCAAGCGACUGGUUGCUACAAUUUGCUGUGCUCUGGUUUCGUGCAAACUAAUAAUAAGAUUGCCAUCGGAGCGGCAAUCUCGCCGACAUCAUCUUACAAUGGCGGACAAUUCGACAUUAGUUUAUUGGUUUGGAAGGAUCCAAAUCAUGGGAAUUGGUGGCUUGAGUUUGGCUCGGGAUUACUAGUUGGAUAUUGGCCAGCAUUUCUAUUUAGUCAUUUAAGAGAUCAUGCGACAAUGGUACAAUUUGGAGGUGAAGUUGUCAAUACACGACCAUCAGGGUUUCAUACGCCGACACAAAUGGGUAGCGGUCAUUUUUCAGAAGAAGGGUUUGGAAAAGCAUCAUAUUUUCGAAACUUGCAAGUUGUAGAUUGGGAUAAUAGUUUGAUACCUUUAUCAAAUCUCAAAGUAUUAGCAGAUCAUCCAAAUUGUUAUGACAUUCAAGGAGGUAUUAACAGCGUAUGGGGGAAUUACUUUUAUUAUGGAGGACCUGGAAGAAAUAUUAAAUGUCCUUAAAUUGAACAAAUCUCAAAGGUGAAGGGGCUUCGUCAAUUUCUUUUUACAAAUUUUGGUGGGUAAUUUAAAUUUUAUAUUACAUUUGUUCUUCUCUUCUAAUCCAUUUUUCCCUUUCUUUUACUUUCUUUUUUCAAUUUCUAACAGGUGAUCCACUAAUUUGUCACCUCUAGGGAUGUAUUUGUAAAUUUGGGAAAAAUGAAAUAGUGAAUAUAUACGUUGUUUGUGAUUUUCUA